GAGGCCGCCGAGGAGGAAGCCGUCCUGCCAGCGCCCUCCUGGGACCGAGUGAGGCACCCCGUGCCUUGCUGCGCUCGGGCUCCGCGUCUACACCCGCGCGCCCUGGCCAUGGCCGCCCCCCGGACCCCCCGGUCCACGGCGCUCCCGCGGCUGCUGUACCUUCUGUUCUUCCAUUGUGAGCUACUGCCGGCGAUGGCCUUCGCCAGGGCCCCCGAGCCCCGACCAGAGACGCUCCCUUGGGGCCAACCCUCCCUGGACAUCGUGCACCCCAUCCGAGUGGAUGCUGGCGGCUCCUUUCUCUCCUACGACUUAUCUCCCCGGCUGCUUCGGAGAAGGGACCUUUCCUCCAAGGCCGGCUCUCCCACUUAUUAUGAGCUGUUAUACCACGGACGGGAGCUGAGGUUUAACCUAAGCAUUAACCUCCAGCUCCUGGCGCCGGGCUUUGUGAGCGAGACCCGCUAUGGCGGCAUCACCCACGCCAAGAUCCGUCCGUACACACAUUCCUACGCCUGCCACCUGGUCGGAGAGGUUCAGGACUCUGAGCUGGAGGGCGGGUUUGCGGCCAUUAGCUCCUGCAAUGGCUUGAAAGGUGUGUUCCAGCUUUCCAGAGAAGACUACUUUAUUGAGCCACUGGAUGGAAGCGAGCCCAGGGCUGAGGCGGCGCAGCCUCAUGUGGUUUACAAGCGACAGGCACCGGAACACCAGGAAGACUGGAGGACAGGAGCCAAGGCCCAUACAGGAACCCCCCUCCCCAGGGUCCUGGGCACAUGCGGCAUCAAAGAAUCUCCUGAGAACCACGGAAAAUCUGAGAAGAGGAGGGAAAGGUGGGAGCAGAAGCAGCAGCAGCAGCAGCGGAGACGGCGGCUGCAGCAGCGUUCCAUCAGCAAGGAGAAGUGGGUGGAGACCCUGGUGGUGGCGGAUACCAAGAUGGUGGAGUACCAUGGCUGGGAGCAUGUGGAGAACUACGUGUUGACGGUUAUGAACAUGGUGGCCGGACUCUUCCAUGACCCCAGCAUUGGCAACCCCAUCCACAUCUCCAUCGUGCGCCUGAUCCUUCUGGGAAAGGAGGAGGAGGACCUCAAGAUCACUCAUCAUGCAGAUAACACUCUGAAAAGUUUCUGCAAAUGGCAGAAAAGUAUCAACAUGAAGGGCGACACUCACCCACUGCAUCAUGAUGUGGCAGUCCUGCUGACAAGGAGAGAUCUCUGUGCCUCCAUGAACCGGCCCUGUGAGACGCUGGGUCUGUCUCAUGUGUCAGGGAUGUGCCAGCCCCACAGGAGCUGUAACAUAAACGAAGACACUGGGCUCCCUCUGGCCUUCACUGUGGCUCAUGAACUCGGACACAGUUUUGGGAUUCAGCAUGACGGAAGCGGCAAUGACUGUGAGCCCGUUGGGAAAAAGACUUUCAUCAUGUCUCCACAGCUCCUGUAUGACAGCCCCCUCACCUGGUCCCGCUGCAGCCAGGAGUACAUCACCAGGUUCCUCGACCGAGGAUGGGGCCUGUGCCUGGACGACCCACCCGCUAACGAUGUGAUUGACUUCCCCAUCGUCCCACCUGGUGUGCUGUAUGAUGUGAGCCACCAAUGCCGACUCCAGUACGGGGCCUAUUCCACCUUCUGUGAUGACAUGGACAAUGUCUGCAAUACCCUGUGGUGUUCGGUGGGGACCACCUGUCACUCCAAGCUGGACGCUGCGGUGGAUGGCACCCGAUGUGGGGAGAACAAGUGGUGUUUCAAUGGGGAGUGCGUGUCUGUGGGCUUCCGGCCCGACGCUGUGGAUGGUGCCUGGGCCGGCUGGAGCUCCUGGUCAAGCUGCUCCCGAAGCUGUGGCGUGGGCGUGCAGAGUUCGGAGAGACGGUGCAGCAACCCCACGCCCAAGUAUGGCGGCAAGUACUGUGUCGGAGAACGGAAGCGCUUCCGCUUGUGCAGCAUCCAGGCCUGCCCUGCUGACCGGCCCUCCUUUCGCCACAUCCAGUGCAGCCAGUUUGAUGCCAUGCCUUACAAGGGAGAACAGUACAAGUGGGUUCCUGUGUCUAAUCACAUUAAUCCCUGUGAGCUGCACUGCCGGCCUGCAAAUGAGUAUUUUGCAAUUAAGCUUCGAGACGCUGUCGUGGACGGGACUCCUUGCUUCGAAGGGAACACCAGUCGUGACUUAUGCAUUAACGGAAUCUGCAAGAAUGUAGGCUGUGACUAUGAGAUUGACUCCAAUGCCAUUGAGGACCGGUGUGGCGUGUGCCACGGGGACGGCUCCACCUGUGAGACGGUGAAGAAGACUUUUGAUGAGACUGAAGGCCUGGGGUACGUGGACAUUGGGCUGAUCCCGGCAGGAGCAAGAGAGAUCCGGAUCGAGGAGGUCGCUGAGGCAGCCAACUUCCUGGCGCUGAGGAGCGAGGAUCCGGAGAAGUAUUUCCUAAAUGGUGGGUGGACCAUCCAGUGGAAUGGCGACUACAAAGUGGCGGGGACCACCUUCACAUAUGAGAGGAAUGGCAACUGGGAGAAUCUCACAUCCCCAGGCCCCACCUGGGAACCGAUUUGGAUUCAGCUGCUGUUCCAAGAGAGCAAUCCUGGUGUCCGUUACCAAUACACCAUCCGGAGGGAGGCAGACAAUGAGAAUGAGAUCCAGCCUCCUGAGUUCUCCUGGCGCUAUGGAGCCUGGACCAAAUGUACCGUGACCUGUGGCACAGGGGUACAGAGACAGGCUGUACACUGUGUGGAGAAGCUGGCAGGCCUUGUGGAGGAGCGGCAUUGCGAUGCCCUGACCAGGCCAGAUGACAGACAGAAGAACUGUAGCCAGGAGCCCUGCCCUGCCAGGUGGUGGUUUGGAGAAUGGAGGAGCUGCAGCAGAACGUGCGGACCUGGAGGCCUGGCCCUGCGCACCGUCCUCUGCAUCCAGAGUGUGGGGCUGGAUGAACAGAGGGCCCUCCGCCCCGAGGACUGCCAUCCCAUGCCCAAGCCAGAGGCCACCCAGUCCUGUAAUGAAGACAUCCCCUGCCCAGCCUCCUGGGGAGUGGGCAACUGGUCAGAGUGUUCUGUGAGCUGUGGGAUGGGCAUACACAGCCGGACAGUCUUCUGCACCAAUGAGACGGGCACCCCCUGCGAUCCCACCCAGAAGCCCAUCUCGGAGACAGCCUGUUCCCUGCCGCCAUGUCCCUGGAUGCCCGAGAAUCCUGUCCCAGAGUGGUCAGGGAGCGGUUCUUCGAGCAGGGAGCUCUUCAAUGAGAUCGAGUUUAUCCCCAGCAACCACAUUCCUCCAUUCGGACACCCAGCCCCCGGCGCCCCUGGCCCCCAGGACUCCAAUGUCAUCACCGAGGAUGACUUCUCACCCAACGAUAAGAAAGGCAAUGUCUUUGUGGAUGAUUUCUACUACGAUUACAAUUUUAUCAACUUCCACGAGGAUCUCUCCAACAGUCCCUUUGAGGAUCGGGACAAGCCCAGCGAGGAGAUCGGUGGCGACACAUCUGAUGAGACUCCCCUGGCUGCACCACCCAGCUCAGAGGGUGAGGACCAGGGCGAUCCGGAGAGCCACACAACCCAGCCCGGCCCAGCUCAGGAGGAGGUCAUGAGGACUGAUGGCCAACGGUCUGUGGGCUUCACAGCUGAACCUCUACCUUCCAUCCACACCCCCACCUUGAUACCCUUCAGUCCCAGCCCGGGACAGAAAGAAGGGACAGGGCCCCCGGAAGAUCUCCCAGCCCCUCAGCCCAGUUCUACAAAUAGUGACCAUAAUUUCUUCCUGGAUAAGUUCCCAGAAGGCCCCAUGACAGGCACAGUCUCCAAAGAGGACCCAGCAUUCCCGGCUUCCUACCCUCUAUCCCCUUCUUUACCCCCCUCACCCACAGUGAUGCUUGUAGACAGUGACAAAGCCACCACCACUACAAGCAAAGGAGAGGCCCAGGGAGACGCUACCAGCCCUCAGGGGCCCGGAGUCCUCAGGAGCAAGGAUGACAAUGGUAACCAUGUCCCCACCGGGGCCUCUGAGAAAGACCCCGACGGGUUGCUCUGGGAAGGAUUGGACGUGGCAUCCGACGACGACAGGAAGAAGUUCCCUGGGGGGAUAGCAGCUUCAGGGACAACCCCUGCAUCCCCUCCCCUUCCCCACGAACUGAAUCUGAGUCUGCCGUCUCCCCAGAUAACCAGCCUGCAGCCAUUCCUUUCUGCUUCUCCCUCAAACCCUCCAAAGACAGAAGUCCCCAUCAUUCCCAAAGACGCCCAUCCUACUGAAAGGUCAUGGAGUUCAAGUGACCCCAGACUGAGAGACAAUGAGCCCCUCUCCCCUGAGGGGACCUGGAGGGCUACCUCUUCCCCCAUGCCUUCUGACACUAAGCCACCAGAGACCUCUUUACCCCGUGUCCCAGAGCUGGGGAGUCCCGAGCUCCCAGCCCGAGAUCUGAUCCAGUGGGACCUCCAGAUCCCAGUGGGGCCAGUGACUUCUGAUCCCAAUGACCUGGCUGGUCCAGGAGUCAUACCUUGGAAUGACCAUUUCCUUUCCUCUGCCCUGACCCCCAGUCCGGGGUUAGAAAAUUUGUCCAAUGAAAUCAGGGUAUCCCACAACCCAGAUUUCUUGUCUCCCCCCAGCCGCCCCUGGGCUCCCCAACCAGCUGAUGCGAACAAGUGGCUGGGAAGUCCAGGUGGGGAAACGUCACCUAGCAACAUUUUAUAUGAUGGAGGAGACCUCAAGAACAAAUUCCAGAGCCCGACCAACACUGAGCCAGUUGGUACCAAGGAGCCUCCCCAGGGAACGUUAGCUACGGCUGAAGCCCCUGGGGGAGCCAGCUGGGAAGUCGGAGACUGGAAUGAGUGUUCCACCACCUGUGGCCUAGGGGCCAUCUGGAGGCCCGUGCACUGUAGCACGGGGCGGGAGGAGGAUUGUGUCGCCACCAGCAAGCCAGUACCUGCUCGUCGCUGCUACCUGAGGCCCUGCUCCACAUGGCGUGUGGGCAACUGGAGCAAGUGCUCCCGGAACUGUGGGGGUGGCUUCAGGUUUCGGGACGUGCACUGUGUAGACACCCGGGACCGCCGGCUCCUGCGCCCAUUCCACUGCCAGCCCGGCCUCUUCAAGCCUCUGGGUCAGCUCUCCUGCCACGUGGACCCCUGCCUCGACUGGUACACGUCAUCCUGGAGAGAGUGCUCCGAGUCCUGUGGAGGAGGAGAACAGGAGCGCCUGGUGACCUGCCCGGAGUUUGGCCGCUGUGAGGAGACCAUGCGGCCCAACACCACCAGGCCCUGCAACACUCACCCAUGUACCAAGUGGGUGGUGGGGCCCUGGGGACAGUGCUCAGCCACAUGUGGUGGAGGGAUCCAGCGAAGGCUGGUCAAGUGUGUCAACACUAAGACCAGCCAGCCAGAAGAGGACAACAGUCUUUGUGACCAUGAGGCGUGGCCUGAGAACUUCCAGAGGUGCAACCCUGAGGACUGCCCCGCCAGUGAUCCAGAUCUUGACUGUGACCGGGACCGUCUCACUUUUAGCUUCUGUGAGACCCUUCACUUCCUGGGCAGAUGCCACCUACCCACUGUCAGGGCCCAGUGCUGCAAGACCUGCCUCCAGGACAGUCAUGGUUCUCGGGACCGGGGCAACGAGCGGGCGUCACGUCGGUGAGCUAGCUGCGCCCCCUCCUUUGGAGGGGCCUUCAGCAGAUAUGAGGAAGCAACUGUUCCCUCCCCUUGGGCCUUUGCCCACUUCGAGGGGCGGCACAGAGGGCCUGCCCUGGAAUGAGGGACUCGCGGUGCUCAUCACAACCCAGGGAAGACUUUGCAGUUGUGACAAUUAUUGUUAUUUUUAAUAAUAUUAUAUAAUUAUUAUUAUUUUAAAAGCACCCCCCCCGGGGUGAACCAUUCCACAGCUGAGAAGGAUGUGGCCUUACCUCAUAACCCACUUCCCUGGGGAGAGCCUUCCCCACAGAGACCACGAGGCAUCCCCCUCAUCUCAACCCUUCCACUCACUCACUUGCCCUCAAUGGUGCUAACCCUGCAGGCCCUCCUGCUCCGUCUCACCUGGACCCACAGUGGCCAGACACACCUCUGCUUCUGGGGAAUGGAGGGAGGCUCCUUUUUCCCCCUCUCCCCCCAAAAAGUUUUUAAUUUUUUAUUCUAAUGAAGGUUCAAGG